UCAAGAAAGCAGGAUUCAGCAUAGCUGUUCCAGCCCUCAUUUCCCACAGUUAGUGGAGCAAUUCUGGCAGCCGCCAGGUGGUGUUUGUGCAGUUGUCAAACAGCUUCCUCUGAAGGCAGAUGAAGACCAAUCCUACACCUGCUGCAUCAGGAUUUGGAAGCACUACCGGCACCCUGAAUGUACGAUUCUAUUAAUUCUUUUUUAAAGAAAUCAUCUAGAUGGUCCAGCAACAUUCACUAAUCUUGCUAAUCUGAAGUAAACAGAGCUGUUAUGAUUCCUCAUCUUUCAAGCUGCAAGCAAGUCUGCAGAAGAAUAAAAAUGUAUAUGACUGAAGCCAUCAUUACCAUUAAAAUGUUUGCGUUUCAUAGAACACAUGAAUUCUCUGUUGCUUGUCAUACUGAAGAGUAGCACAUGUCCCUUGACGUACCAUAGAAAUUUGGCAAGUUCUGAUCUUAACUGAUUCUGCCUUCCCAGAUUAUAAACAUGACUUCUGCAGAUCUUUCUGGAUCCACCUACAAUUUCAGCACUUUGGCACUCAAGUCAGAAGUGACCUACCUAAUGGAGAAUCAUACCAUGGAAAUUUACACAACAGCCUCCUCUCCAGUACUCUGUAAUAGCACGUAUUUUGAACUAAAUGGAUCACAUCUGUGUAAUGAAAGCCUUAUAGAUAAAUCAGAGCACCAACAAUAUAUUAUAGGUCUCUUCUUAUCUUGCCUUUAUACAAUAUUCCUUUUUCCUAUUGGUUUUGUAGGUAACAUCCUAAUUUUAGUGGUGAAUAUCAGUUUUCGUGAGAAGAUGACUAUUCCAGAUCUAUAUUUUAUAAACCUUGCUGUAGCAGAUCUUAUUCUGGUUGCUGACUCCCUCAUUGAAGUUUUUAACCUGGAUGAAAAGUAUUAUGAUAUCACGAUAAUUUGUACAUUCAUGUCCUUAUUCCUUCAAAUCAACAUGUAUAGCAGCAUAUUUUUUCUAACGUGGAUGAGUUUUGACAGAUACAUAGCACUGGCAAAAGUAAUGAGAUCCAACUUAUUUCGCACCAUGGAACAUGCCAGAUUAAGCUGUGGCCUAAUAUGGUUGGCAUCCAUCUCUGCAACACUAGUGCCUUUCACAGCGGUACAUUUGCAACACACUGGAGAAAUUUACUUUUGCUUUGCAGAUGUAAAAGAAAUCCAGUGGCUAGAAAUAACCUUGGGGUUUGUUAUACCUUUUGCUAUCAUAGGCCUCUGCUACUCAUUAAUUGUUAGAGUCCUGAUAAAAGCCCACAAGCACAGGAGCUUGCGCAUACGCCGACAGAAAGCUCUUCGCAUGAUUGUUGUUGUUGUGCUCGUCUUCUUCAUUUGCUGGCUUCCUGAAAAUGUCUUCAUAAGUGUACAACUCCUUCAACAGAGAGACCAAGGUUCAGCAAGGAGCCAGUCUUUCAGGCAUAACAACCCCUUAACUGGACACAUUGUGAACCUUGCAGCCUUCUCAAACAGCUGUUUGAAUCCCCUUAUCUACAGUUUCCUAGGUGAAACUUUCAGAGACAAACUAAAACUGUAUAUCGAACAGAAAACCAAAGUGUCUGUUUUACACCGCUUUUGUCACGCUACCCUGAAAUCAGUCAUUACUGACAGCACCGAGCAAUCAGAAGUUUAAUUUAGCCUGCAUCGGAGGUGCCUUAAUGGAAACCUGAUCACAACAUUUAUUGUGAACAGAAAAAAAUGUAAAUUUUGUUCUCUGCAUAAAAAUUUGUAUCCUAUUCUUACAACAAUAUGCAAAUUAUUCAGAUGUGCACUAAUUAUGGGUUGAAACUAAUAAAAGGUCCAUGGAAGGUUGGCUGAAUUUGUAUACUCCAAAAGGCAGCAGAAAACAAUGGAAGGAAGAACCUAACUAUAAUGCAAUUAUGAAACAUAACUACUUUUCUGGUAUCUCACAGAUGCUUUAAACAAAGUAAUGCAACUACCAUUAGCCUGGAGAAAUUCAAUGUAACAUAUUAAUGUAGAGAAGUCAUUGAUUUUCCAUCCAAGUACAUCAGCAUGCAAACUUGGUUCAGAAAAGAGCUGGAGAGUUUGAUGAACAGUACUAUAUAUAGAAGGAGACAUUCUGCUACAUAUACUGAAUUAAGAACAAUA